UUUUAUUAUUACACUGCGCGUAUUUUAUAAUUUUUUUUUAGUUCAGAUAUGCAUCGAAAUUGGACAAAAUUCUUAUAGCAUCAUCUUUAUUAGCUACGUUCAUUUCGGGUGUAACCACACCAUAUGCAAUAUCUUUAGUCGCCGGCGUGUUUCAAAAUAUGAUUGAUUUUGCUAAAACCAAUAACAUGACUGCACAUAAAGAUUCUUUUAUAUAUUCUAUACACCAAUUUGGCAUAUACUACUCUUGCGUCGGUGUAGUCCUAUUUUUUGGAGGUUAUUUGGGAACAGCCUUAAUAUCUAUUGCUGCAAUCAAUCAGAUAUUUCGGAUCCGAAUUUCAUAUUUAAGGGCUGCUCUUAAUCAAGAUUUUGCAUAUUUCGACCUUCACCAGACUGGAGAUUUCGCUUCAAGGAUAGCUGAAGACAUGAUCAAAUUGGAGGAAGGUAUCGGAGAUAAGGUAUCUUCUUUGGUACACAACGCGGCCGUUUCAUUAAGUUGUAUAAUAAUGGCUCUGAUAAAAGGUUGGAAGCUAGCUUUAUUGUGCCUUAGUACAGCUCCAAUAACAUUUUUUCUAGUUGGUGUUACUGGUAAGAUUGCCAAUAACUUAUAUAAGAAACAAGCCAAAGCGAAAGCCCAGGCUAGUGCCGUAGCCGAAGAGGUCCUCGGUUCUAUAAAAACAGUUUAUGCCUUUAAUGCUCAACAAUAUGAAAUAAAACGGUAUAAGAAACAUCUGGCCAAUGCAAGAAGGAUAUUUAUUAGAAAGGAAAUUUUCACUGGAAUGUCGAUGGGCCUAUUGUAUUUAUGCGUUUUUAGUUCCUACGCCAUGGCGUUCUAUAUCGGAAUAUACUUAAUAUUAAACGAGCCCGAAAAAUACAAUGCCGACGUCAUGUUUUCUGUGUUUUUUGGAGUUAUGACUGCCUUAACAUAUGUGGGUAUGAUAGGAUCUCUAAUGUCGUCUUUCGGAUCAGCUCAGGGGGCAGGUGCCCAAGUCUUCCACAUUCUGGAUAACGUUCCCACUAUAAACCCAUUACUUGAUCGGGGUAUUAGGCCCGAUGGUAUAAAUGGCGUUAUAGAGUUGAAAGACGUAGUUUUCCACUAUCCUUCUCGACCUUCAGUCCUUGUAUUGGAUUCGAUAAAUAUAGAUGUGCGUAGCGGGCAGACUAUCGCCUUGGUUGGAAAUUCCGGUUGCGGAAAAACUACCAUUAUUCAACUUAUAUCAAGAUUCUACGACGUGGAUCGUGGAAGCGUUCGCAUUGACGGCCGUGACGUUCGCGAACUAUCUGUGAGGUGGCUCCGUCAUCAAAUAGGCCUUGUUAGACAGGAACCGGUGCUGUUCAAUACCAGCAUAUUUGAGAACAUUCGUCUAGGAAGCGUGGAUGUUUCUUACGAUGACGUCAUCACCGCUUCUAAACAAGCAAAUGCCCAUGAAUUCAUUAUGGAGCUCCCUUCAGGUUACGAAACGCUAGUAGGAGAUCGAGGAGCAUCUUUAUCAGGUGGACAAAAGCAGAGGGUGGCGAUAGCGAGAGCACUCGUUAGGAAUCCCCGCAUAUUAUUACUCGAUGAAGCAACAAGUGCCCUUGACACUGUAUCAGAAACAAAAGUUCAGGAAGCGUUAAAUCGGGCAGCUAAAGGCCGCACAACUAUAGUCAUCGCACAUCGCUUGUCAACUAUUCGAAACGUUGACAAAAUAUUUGUGAUGCAAAAGGGACGUGUUGUAGAAACUGGGAAUCAUGAGGAAUUAAUAAAAAAGGGGGGCGAGUACUAUCACAUGUUCACGACAUCUGAGCAGCUACCACUAAAUGAAGAGUUACAAGUAGAUGACGAGCCUUCCAGAGAGCGGUCAAAUAUAUCAAAGGAGACUGUGGAUUUAAAAAAGGAUGUAAAGUAUGAAAAAGAAACGUCUAUACAAGCACUUUCUUUCCGGGAAGUCAUAAUGCUAAACGCUCCGGAAUGGAAGAUCAUUACAUUGGGCAGUAUUUGUUCCAUCAUUAGUGGAUUUUCUAUGCCGUUAUUCAUAGUGGUGUUUGGUGAUUUGUUCGGUACUAUGUCAAGUCCCGAUCCUGCUAUUUUAAUGAACAAAGUAAAACACGUAUCGGUUAUCUGUAUCAUCAUCGGAAGCGCUAUGGGUCUUUCAAAUGCUAUUGAGACGCUAUCUUUCGGUGCCGCGGGCGCGUACCUCACGGAACGCCUGCGUAUGCGCAUGUUCAAAAAUCUUCUGGUUCAGGAUGUGGCGUUUUAUGACGAACGGGAGAAUUCACCAGGAGCUUUGUGUGCCAGACUGUCCGCUGAAGCUGCUUAUGUGCAAGGAGCCACAGGUCAACGUAUUGGUAUAAUUUUACAAGGAGUUGGAUCCAUUGGCUUAGCGCUGUUUCUAGCUAUGUGGUUCGAAUGGCGAGUCGGUAUGGUCGCCCUUGCUUUCUUGCCAUUAGUUGUUAUAGUAAUCUGGCAACAAACAAAAGCCACAGAUAAGGAAUCACAAGGAUACGCGAAAGCUCUCGAAAAUAGCACAAAGAUUGCUGUCGAGGCCUUAUCUAAUAUACGCACCGUUGCGUGUCUCGGCCGAGAGCCUGCGAUGGUGGUCGAGUAUGCUCACUGCCUCAGACCUGCGCGGAGGCCUGCGGUGCUCGCGGCCCACUGGCGGGGGGUGCUGUCAGGCCUGUCGCGGUCUAUGUUUAACUUUAUUAACGCAGCUGCGCUCACCUACGGCGGGCACGUGGUCGCCGACGGAGUACCCUACCAAGAUAUACUCAUAACGACGCAAUCUUUACAAAUGGCGUCAUCCCAGGCCCAGAGCGCCUUCGCUUACGCACCAGACUUCCAAAGAGGAAUUAACGCAGCUGCCAGAAUUGUUAACCUUAUAAAUAUGAAACCCACUAUAGUAGACCCCGAGGAGCCAACUAGGAACUUUGUAUCUAAGGGGAAUGCGUGUUUCGAACAAGUGAGAUUCAAAUAUCCCUGUAGACCUACAGUGAAAGUCCUUCGAGGCGUUGAUUUGAAACUAUCAGAAGGAGAGACCGUUGUUUUAGUGGGUGAAAGCGGAUGUGGGAAAAGUACUGUUAUUCAACUCCUACAAAGAUACUACGAUCCUGAUUCGGGCACUAUUACUUUAGAAAACAAACCCCUAACACAUUUACGAGUAGACGAAGUCCGUGCGAACUUCGCACUAGUAUCUCAAGAACCGACACUCUUCGAACGCAGCAUCCGCGAAAAUGUUGAGUAUGGAGACAUCUCCAGACCGGUCACUAUGAAAGAGAUCGUGGAUGCCACCAAGCUUGCAAACAUUCAUGACUUUAUAGUUUCCCUACCGCAGGGUUAUGAGACCAACAUCGGUUCGAAGGGCAUACAACUGUCUGGAGGACAGAAACAGAGAGUCGCAAUAGCGAGAGCGCUGAUAAGGCAGCCAAAGAUCUUGCUCUUAGAUGAAGCCACCAGCGCUCUCGAUGGUGAAAACGAGAAGGUGGUGCUGUCAUCUUGCCGUGCUGGCCGUACAUGUAUACUGGUCUCUCACCGGCCGCGUGUGAUAGCUUCGUCGUUGAUACACGUGCUGGCUGCGGGCCGUGUACUGGAGCGAGGGACACACGAACAGCUCAUGGGGAAACGGGGCCUAUACUACACUUUAAAUGCUAAAGGACAAUGA